AAAAUUUAAAAUGGGAUGAUAAACUCAUAGAAUGUUGGGCUUUUCUGUUUGUCUCCAACUUGGGUCAUGUGGCACGAAACAGCUGGGACCAAAGGGCGAGUGACAUUGAGGGUCCCAGUGGCACCGCCGCGGGAUCUCCCAGAAAACCAGCUCCCGGUGGCGCAUGCGCCUCCUAGCCCCUCGGCUCCGCCCGCCGGGAGGCGAGGUUUCGUUGCCGUGGUGACCUCUGUAAACGGAGGCCCGGGGCUGACGCUGGGACUAGAAAUGCGUGGCGGCUCUCGGUGCCUUGGGUCUCUGCUGGCUGCUCUCCAUCCUGCUGGUGAAGUCAUCUCAGAUACUGUGCAUGCAUAGUGAUCAACACACAUGGGGAAAUGAAGGAACCAGGUGAUCAGGACACUGAUGGGGGGAAAGUAGAUGGAUCAAAGAGUGAUGGAAGGCAGUCUCGGAGCUCCUCUAAAUCUGCAUCAAGAUCUGCUAUGAAAGAGGAUUACAAAUUUUUAGAAGAUGCCACAGAAGAAACAUUUACCGAAGGCAGAGAAUCACGUUUAGGCGAUGAUGAUUAUUCUAUGGAACAAUUGGAAGGAAGUUCAAGUUCAUUUCAAGAUGACUAUGUGGAGAGCAUUGGAGAGUCUCGGUAUGUGGAAACCCCAGCUCCAGACUCAGAAAGGGCAGAGGAGGAAGUUAAGAAGAAAAUAUCAGAAAACUUCUUCUAUGAUUAUGCAGAGCUGAUUUCGAUGCCUUUUGUGACUCCGGAUUCGAACAUACCACUGGAUCUUCUCACACUUGUUCAUUCCUUUGGUUAUGACUGUAGAAAGCGGGCCAACCUAAAACUUCUGGACAGCAGUACUGUGAUGUACAUCGCUGGGAACCAGCUGAUCCUUUUGAAUUUGAAGACCAAGGAACAGAUCUACCUGCGAAGUAGCAGUGGUAGAGGAAUUGGUGUUAUUGGGGUUCAUCCUGAUAAAACUUACUUCACUGUCGCUGAAAAAGGAGUUUUCCCAAAGAUUAUCAUUUAUGAAUAUCCUUCUUUGAGGCCCUACAGAAUCCUUCAAGAUGGGACUGAGCUGGCUUAUGCUUACGUGGAUUUUAACUACGAUGGUACCUUGCUAGCCUCUGUUGGCAGCAGCCCUGAUCACACGCUGACCAUCUGGAACUGGAAAGAAGAACAGCCCAUACUGAGGACAAAAGCUUUUUCCCAGGAAGUUUUUAAGGUUACUUUCAAUCCUGAAGAUGAUGAGCAGCUGACUACAUCGGGAUCAGGCCACAUCAAGUUCUGGGAAAUGGCUCUAACAUUCACUGGUCUCAAGCUUCAGGGUUCAUUGGGUCGAUUUGGCAAAACAGCCACUACUGAUAUAGAAGGUUACAUGGAGCUCCCAGAUGGGAAGGUGCUCUCAGGGUCAGAGUGGGGCAACAUGCUGGUGUGGGAAGGCGGCCUCAUCAAAGUUGAGCUCUGUCGAGCUGCAAGAAAGUCUUGUCAUCAGGGUCCCAUUAACCAGAUAGUGCUGGACGAGGGUGAAGUCAUCACUAUUGGGGCAGAUGGAUGUAUUAGGAUCUGGGAUUUUGAGACCAUAGAUACUGCUGACACUAUAGAUGAGACUGGAUUGUUAGAGAUCGAGCCCAUUAAUGAGCUUCAAGUAGGCAAGCAUGUCAAACUCUUCUCUAUGAUAAAGAUGAGCGACAUGGGAAAUAACAUUUGGUUGGCUCAAGAUGCCAAUGGAGCCAUAUGGAAGCUUGACCUUAGUUUUUCAAAUAUUACCCAAGAUCCAGACUGCCUCUUCUCCUUCCAUUCUGGAGCUAUCGAAGCCUUGGCAGUCUCUCCUCUCACUUAUCUCAUGGCCACUACUGCCUUGGACUGCUCUGUUCGAAUCUAUGAUUUUGCUGGCAAAACUCCUUUGGCUCAGAUGAGAUUCAAACAAGGAGGUACUGCCCUCACCUGGGUACCCCGACUGGUAAGCUACACUGGAGCACAGAUUAUCGUAGGAUUCGAAGAUGGAGUUGUUCGAAUUCUUGAACUUUAUGAUCCAAAAGGGCUCACGGUUUUUGCAGGACGGAAGAAAAUUUCAGAUGCAGAUAUUAAUUUGAAACAGGUUUUCAAGCCCCAUACUGCUCGUGUCACUGCCUUAGCUUAUGAACGUGAUGGAGAAAUUCUAGCUACAGGGAGUAGAGAUCAAACCGUCUUCUUCUUCGAGGUAGAAAAGGAUUAUAAGCCAAUCGGUUAUAUUACUACUCCUGGACCUGUUUGCCAGUUAGUAUGGUCUUCAGUUUCCCAUCCUGAAAGUACUUUACUGAUUUUCUGUGAGAAUGGCUAUGUUCUUGAAACUCCAUUUCCAACUAUAAAGGAGGAAGAAGAUCAUGAUGCAGUUUCCUAUGAAAUCAAAGACAUGCACAUAAAAUGUUUUCAUUUCUCAAGUGUCAAAUCUAAGAUCCUGAGAUUAAUAGAAAUAGAAAAGAGAAAGAAACAAAAGGAGUUGAAGGAGAAGGAGAAGGAAGAAAGGAGGAAGCAGCUAGCAGCAGAGAUGAAAGAAGAUGGAGAAAAGGAAUUCCAGGUGGAGGAGGAGGAGGAGGAGGAAAGAGAGGAAGAGGAGCCAUUACCCGAAAUCUUUAUUCCAUCAACCCCCUGUCGCAUACUCUGUGGAUUUUACUCUGAGCCAGGGAAGUUCUGGGUUUCUUUGGGUGGCUAUGAUUCUGGUUUUCUAUAUCACUGUGAGUUCCCCCCAUAUGAGAAAAGUAUCAAUGGCACAGAAAAGAAGGAUGAACCUUUUGAUUUUCGUUUUCUUGAAGAUACAGAGGAUAAUCCCAUCCAUACUAUCACUUUCAGCAUUAACCAAGAUCUCAUGUUCUGUGGAAUGCAAAAUGGAGCAAUUCGAGUCUAUAUCCUAAGUCAGAAUAAUCCUUCAUUGACAAAUAUGGUGGACUACUGGCAUUUCAAUCUGCAUGACAAUAAUUAUGGAUGUGUCAAAGGCAUAUCUACUAGUUUUGAUGACCGUUUCUUGGUGACCACUGGAGCAGAUAGUAAUAUCUUUGUUUUCACCAUUUUUUCUGAAUUUGAACUAAUGAAAGCCAUUAAAGCCAAAGUGCCAUCUCCAAGGUUUGGAAUUGAAGCAGAGCCAAUUCCAGAAGAUAUUGAAGAUCCCAAAGCCUAUAGUAUUGAGAAUGCUAGAAGAAAAAGAGAACAUGAUAAGUUAAUGAAAGAAGUGGAAGAAAUAAAAGCUGGGAAGAGAGAAAAACUCAAAGCUUUGAGGAAUGAAUUUCAGCAACUUCUGGAAAUGAAUAAAGAAUUACCAAAACAUAUGCAGUUUAAGCGAACAGAUUUUGAUCUAGAUUCCAAAAUUCGUGCUGAGAUUGGCAGAAAAACAGCUCAUAAGAUUCAACAAGUGGAAAAAGAAUUAGCAUGGGAAAAAGAGAAACAUCAACUUGGCCUCACGAAGCUACAGAACAGAUUUCGUGAUUCAUUGGAAAGUGAUACAAUUGUGGUUCACGCCAUACAAAGUGAUCACAAGAUAUCCUCCUAUAGGCUUGUGAAGCCCUCUAAGUACUCCAAGUCCAAACGACCAAGUCAAUCAGAAAGAAGAACAAGCAAAUUGGAGAGAUUUGAAAAAGAGGGAGCUGGAAGAAAGGAUAGCCAGAAAGAUACAGGUGAGAGUAUUAAUGUACCAGAAGAAUCAAUUAUAGACAAAGGGAAGAAAUUUCGGCCUAAAACCCUAAGUGAAAUUAUGGUGGAAAAUCAAAUUGAGAAAACGAGGAAACUUAUAUUAAAAGCUGAAAGGGCCCAAUUUAAGAUUCAGCAGCGAAGAAAGGAAUGGGAGGAACUGUACAAGAGUAAACCUCAGGAUGACUAUGAAGAUCCCAAAGAUGUUCAAGCCAUCAAAGAGGCCCAGUUGUAUAUGGGAGACUUCAAUCUGAAGACAUCCCCAGACUACAAAAUACCUGAGCACAUGAGAGUAAAUGCUGCCAAGAAAGAAGAGGAGCUGGGACAUCUAGACUCCAUGGCCCAUUCAAAGAAAAUGCACAUGAACAAAUGCAUCCUCUCUCUUCGAGAUCUUAAAGUGGCUGUUAUUGAGGAAAUACAGUGCCUGGUGCAAGAACUGAAGAGCAUUCAGUCAACUCUUCACAUAUCCAAGCACAUCCCUAUUCCUGAAAUCCCUCAGAUACACCCAGAAGAAGUUCCAGAAAAGAGAUUUCACUAUGAUGAGGAAAUUCUCCUAAAUUUUAAGCAAGAGCAUAUGACGAUUCAGGAUGAAAAGCCCUCUGAAAUGGAACAGAGACGGUCUACAGGCGCAGGUGGAGGAUUUCUCAAACUCUCUUCUGGAAAGGAUGGUGAUUUGACAACAAGAGAUUCAUUGUCUAGAUCAUCAAAGGCAUUAGCACUAAUUGUAGAUACUCCAAAGUUAAUGGAAUUUGAAAAAGCAGAUCCAAUUGAUCUAGAGCUGGAGAUUAUGAAGAGAGAUGAGAUUAAGCAUGUGUACAUGCAAGAGUAUUUGACCAACAGGAUCAAAGAACUGAUUGUCACCUUUGAUGCAGAGCUUCGUCUUCUGAGGCAUCAGAAACUGAAACUAGAUAUUCAGAUGAAAUUAUCUGACCUUCACCAUGUCACAUUAUUUCAAGAAAUGCUUCUCCUCAAGAAUUUUGAAAAACAGGAGAACAUACUUCAAGAGCGUGUUAAUUCAUUAGACAAAGAAGAACAGGAUAUGCAAUGGAAAAUAAAUGAAACUCUUAAAGAGAUGGAAGAGAAAAAGAAUGAAAUCACCAAGCUCCAGGACCAAGAAAAAGCACUCUAUGCUGGUUUCCAAGCAGCUCUUGGAGAAAACAAUAAAUUUACUAAUUUCCUCAUGAAAGUCCUGAAGAAGAGGAUUAAGCGGGUGAAGAAAAAGGAGGUUGAAGGAGAUGCCGAUGAAGAAGAAGAUAGUGAUGAAUCAAGUGAAGAAGAAUCCAGCCUAGAGAGUGAUGAAGAUGAGUCUGGAUCUGAUGAUGAGGUUUUUGAUGAUUCUAUUUGCCCAACAAAUUGUGAUGUGGGUCUUUUUGAACUGGCCCUUCAACUUCGAGAGAAAAGGCUGGACAUCGAGGAGUCCUUAGUUGAAGAAAAGAAAAUUAUCGAUAACCUCAAAAAGGAGUAUGACACACUAUCCAAAAAAGUAAAAAUUGUGGCAACUAAUCUGAAUGCAGCGGAGGAGGCCCUGGAAGCUUACCAACGAGAGAAGCAGCAGCGUCUGAAUGAACUGCUCGUUGUGGUUCCCCUCAAGCUCCACCAGAUAGAGCAUAUAGUGUUUGGAGAAAUACCUAAUGAUCUUUCUGGAACCUUGGUCUUUUCUAACCAUUCCUUGGGACGGCUGCAAGAGCGAAUCAGACAGCUUCAUGAGGAAAAUUCCAAGCAGCAAAAACUCAACAAAGAAUGCCGGGAGAGGCGUAAACAGCUUAUCCGAGAAAAGAGGGAGAUGGCAAAAACUAUAAGCAAAAUGGAAGAAACGGUCCGUCAGCUAAUGAUCAGCAAGUUUGGCCGUGUGAUAGACCUAGAAGCCCUUCAGACACUUUCUGUGAAUACAACGCUUGAAGAGCUAAAGAUCAAAAAACUUCGAAAGGAGCUAUCAAAUGCAAAGGAAAUGAAGAUGUGGGAGGAAAAGAUUGCUCAAGUACGAUGGGAGCUGAUGAUGAAGACAAAGGAACACACCAAAAAGCUUCAUCAGAUGAAUGAUUUAUGUACCGAAAAGAAGAAACUUGAUUCUCGAUUGAAUACACUACAGAACCAGCAGGGCAAUGCCUUCCAGGGCCCUCGGAAAGCAGACAUUGUGGCGAGAAAGAAGGUCACUGAACUGAUCCAAGUCCAGGCAGAAAAGAUCUUGGCCUUAAAGGAAGAGAUCGCUCUUUUGCGUAAGAAAGGUGGUCUUAUCCUCCCACCCAUUCAGCCUCCACAAGAGAAGGAGAUGAAGCCCAUGGGCCUUUGAGUUUGCUUUUUUCUCCAAUACAUCCCAGAUUUCUGACAUACAACUUACCAGAGAAGUUCCUUGCUGCCUGCAGCAAUCCUAUUAUUUUAAAGUCUUAUCUAAAAGUCUAAGACCAGAGCCAGUUAUAUAGUAUUAAUAAUUUUUCUCCAAUUUGGUUAGCUUAGCACAGAUGACCGCAGCCAACAUCUUAUUUCCCAUGGAACUGAACCAUUUUAGAUCUGUUUGGAAACUACUGGAUUGAAUAUGGAGUCUCAGAGAAGGCUGUAUCUCAGCAUCUGCGAUAUAUCCUGUUUUGGGAAAUUUGUUUGGUUAUCUGAAUUUUUAGCCAUCAGCAAGGAAAAACUAGCAAUUUGUGAGAAAAUCUGUGUUUUUCAAUCCUUGGAAAAUAAACUCUGAUGUUAAGUA